AUGUCUGACUUUUGUCCAAGUGGGUAUUCGGCAUCCACCUACAUGGGCGGUUCGUCAGGGAAGUAUCAAAUGCGCCAUUUUCAUUUGGAUAAAAUAUUUUAUUUCAUAGUGACAUACCGUAAACAAACUCCAGUAUCAACGCGAUUUUUCACUUUUUUAACUUUUAAAUAUGACUACACUUUAGGUAUAAGUGAAUUUUGUGCCGGUGAUAUUAUUCAAGAGAACAAUGAAGGCUCUACGACCAGGCCAAAGAACGGAACUCCACCUAAACUACAAAUCACCAUUUCGAGUGUCUUUAGUAUUAAUAAAUCUGGAAAAGUCGUGCAGUUUAUUUUCCAGCACAACUUAUCUCACAUGCUAUUUCCAAAAUUU